AUGAUCACGAAUUCAGCUGUUAGCAACAUAUUUGUUGUUACAACAUAUGUUGUCUUGUUUGUCAUAUCAAUUAGUACCAUGUUUGUUCAUUCAUUGUAUCAAAGCAAGGAGUACUUUCCUGAAGAAAGAUAUGCGUUGAUGCAGAUAAGAGAUUCUGUCAGUUCUACUUUGGAUUUGCAUGGAAAUUGGACGGGACCGCCUUGUAACAAGAAUUCGAGUCAAUGGACAGGCAUUGUUUGCUCAAAUGGGCAUGUGAUUGGCCUUGUGCUUGAAGGAAUCCAGCUCACAGGUUCCCUCCCACCUGCAUUUUUACAAAACCUUACUUUCCUAUCUAAUCUUAGUUUCAGAAACAAUUCAAUCUAUGGACCUCUUCCUAAUCUCAGCAAUCUUGUGCACUUGGAAUCUGUCUUGUUUUCAUACAAUCGCUUCACUGGUUCUAUUCCAUCUGACUACGUUGAAUUGCCAAACUUGAAACAAUUGGAGUUGCAACAAAAUUAUUUAGAUGGGGAGAUACCGCCUUUUGAUCAACCGAAGUUGACCGUUUUCAAUGUGUCCUAUAACCAGCUUCAAGGCUUCAUUCCUAACACUGAUGUCCUUCAGAUGUUCUCGGAGAGCUCCUAUGAUCACAACUCAAAUCUCUGCGGGAUUCCAUUGGAACCAUGCCCAGUUCCACCUCCAUCUCCUCCUGUAAAUCCACCACAGAGCAAGAAGAGGAAGCUUCCAACUUGGAUCAUUGUUUUGAUUGCGGUUGUGGCAACUCUUAUUCCAUUCAUGAUCAUGUUUGUUUUCUUUUAUUGUUAUAAGAAGGCACAAGAAGAGGAAACACCAAAAGAACGGCCGGCAGGGAAUGAUGAUUCUCCAGGGUGGACAGACAAGAAAAUGCAGCAUUCCGUAAGCACUGAGGAUCCUGAAAGAAGAGUAGAUUUACAAUUUUUCGACAAGAAUAUACCUGUUUUUGACUUGGAUGAUUUACUAAGGGCAUCUGCGAACGUGUUAGGAAAGGGAAACUUUGGGACCACGUACAAAGCAAACCUGGAAUCAGGUACUGUUGUUGCUGUUAAGAGAGUAAAGUACAUGAACAACUUGAGCAAGAAGGAAUUUCUUCAGCAGAUGCAGCUUCUGGGAAAGAUGAGGCACGAAAACCUUGUGCAGAUCAUCUCCUUUUACUAUUCCAAGGAGGAAAAGCUGAUUGUCUAUGAGUUCGUACCAGAUGGAAGUUUAUUUGAGCUGUUGCAUGUUUACGACAAAGUUGCAAAGAAGUGCCUAUCUUCUGACAUAUUCUAUCUGUUGGUGCUAGAGAAUAGAGGAGUUGGAAGAAUCCCUUUGAAUUGGGCUGCGAGACUGUCAAUAAUCAAAGACAUAGCAAAGGGUAUGGCUUUCCUUCACCAGUCCUUACCUUCUCACAAGGUCCCUCAUGCCAACCUCAAAUCAUCUAAUGUGCUAAUCCACAGAGAUCGCCAAAGCUACCAUUCCAAGCUCACAAACUAUGGCUUCUUGCCUCUGCUGCCUUCUCGGAAAUCAUCCGAGAAGCUAGCUGUUGGCUGGUCACCAGAAUUCUGUAAAAGGAAAAAGCUAACCCACAAAGCUGAUGUAUACUGCUUUGGCAUUAUCCUAUUAGAGGUAAUCACUGGGAAGAUUCCAGGAGAGACUUCACCAGCUGGAAACGAUGAAAAAGAGGAUGAUCUUUCAGAUUGGGUUAGAAUGGUGGUGAAUAAUGAUUGGUCAACAGACAUAUUAGACGUAGAGAUAUUGGCUUCAAGAGAAGGGCAUAAUGAGAUGUUGAAGCUGACAGACAUUGCUCUGCAGUGUACAGAUGUGGCACCAGAAAAACGGCCUAAGAUGAGUGAAGUAUUGAGAACGAUAGAAGAGAUUGAUCGAACAAACCAUGAAAAUGACUAG